GCCUUUUACCUACAGUAAGGCUAGUCUACUCGCUGGUAUUGUGGCGUAUCUGUUAGGGCCAACUUGGGGUGGGACUUCCACCGGUGAAGCUCUCGAAUACGUGGCCAACACCAUGCUGCUACCAACCAACGGUAACCGCGCGGACGCUCCCGAUGUGGUGAUUGUUCUGACCGACGGAUUCUCAGGACCCGUCACGGGCCCAGCCUCGGUCCUGCACAGCAUGGGCGUCCAGACGUUCGCCAUCGGCGUCGGGAGUUGCGUGAACGACGUCAAGCUACACGAAAUCGCCAACUGUCGCGACCACGUGUACAAACUGUCGGACUUCAUACGUCCGGAGGUAAUCACGGACAACGUGCACAAGCAGAUCUGCUGCAACAAGCCAAGAGAUAGAUGCCAUUACCAUGGAUGUUUUUAUGACCGCCCUAACCGUAAGUUCCCCAACUCCCCCAUUUUGGGUCACCAGGCGAUGACUAAACUCCUAUGUUGGAACCACUGCAAGAACCAGGGCUACCCCUAUGCUGCGACCGAGUAUUCUUCGCAGUGUUUCUGUGGGACCCAGCAGAACUUCGACAACCUUGGUCCCCAGCUACCAGACAGUCAGUGUAACCGUCCGUGCACCGGAGAUCCAAACGAGAUGUGCGGUGGAACCUGGAGGAUGUCCGUGUACAGUUCCAUUGACGCCUGUCCGGCUAACUACGAGCGCGUGAUGGUGAACGGGCCGUGCCUGCGGUUCUCUGCCAGAGAUGAUCGCAGAACCUACCAGGAUGCCAAGCAGACCUGUGAGGAGGAAGGCGCCCGUCUGGUGGUCAUCAAGUCAGCUGCACUUGACGCUUUCAUCGACAACCGCAUCCAAACCACCUACGCCGCCGAGACCUGGAUCGGGCUGGACGAUCUGACUGCUCCUUCUCCACAGUACCGCUGGUGCGACGGAAGCGUGUUGGACACAGCAGCAGGUGACUUCGACGACUGGUCUCCAAUUGACGGGCAACCCGACACUUUCGCAGGUAUAAAUUGGGAGAAAUGUGUCGAGAUCCGCCCCCAGUUUAACUACCAGUGGAACAACCACUUUUGCUGGCUGCGCAAGAACUACAUCUGCGAGAAAGUCGCAGAGCCACCGUGCUGCCCCCGGCCGAGGGUAGUGGUGUCAGAUCCUGGAUAUACCAUCUCCGAUGAGAGCGGGUUCAGUGCGUACAGGCUGUCACCUCCUCUGCAAUGCGAUGAGCCCGCCGAGGAGGAGACACCACCGCCGGAGGAGGAGACACCGCCGCCAGACGAACCGCUCAUCUAGGAGGAGAGACCAGAGACGCUCAGAUGGUCAAAUUAGGCGACGCGGUUGAGAAGAAAUUGAGAAUUUCUUGUGAUACAGAGUAGAAUGUGAGUUUCAGAUAACAUCACCGUUUGGUCUGUAGUCCUGUUAUCACAUCAUCAGGAUGCAGAAUUAUAUUGAAAUUUGAUGAUCACAAGUAAAGCAUUUCUAGUCAUUAUCUAUACGUAUUAUUGAAUAGGACGUACAACUCUAGAAAUUAUUUGCGGUGUAUAUUGCGGUGGUAUUUCUUCCCUUAAUUCAACAUUUUGAUGAUUUUUUAUUUUUUGCUGCAUUUCAAGAAUAAUAGAAAGUUGUUUCAGACAGAUAAGAUCGACAUUUUAUCAUUUAUGCAUUAGUUGGAAGCAGCUGUUCUAAGUGGAAAGUGGUAUUGAGCUUAGCAUAGAAUAUUGUAUUUUAACGAUAUUGAUGUGCAUUAAAUUGCUUUGUACGGCUCUUACUUAAGUUAUCAGCUAUCUAAUUUCAAUAACCAUGUAUCCUCCAUAGUUACCACAACAAGUAACGUUACAUAAACGUUAUGCUGUUAACAUUGCUUUUGUGCACAAUACCACAAUUAGAAGACCAUGUAUAUUAUAUGGUAUUAUAGAAAAGAUCGAGACUUCAUCUAGAUUUAGUUGACAGCUGAAACAGUUGUGUAGUGUAGCCGCUGCCUAACGUGUUUUUAUAUUGUACUCACUGCAUAGAGCUGUAUGAUUGCCGUGGAAAAAACACUAGCUGUUUAUAAACCCUAAAGUAUCCAAUGUGUAGGUGUAGAUCAAUAUCAAUAACUAAAUAAAUAAAGUAUUUGAGAAAAUAAUAGAAGAAGAGCAACAUAUCCUGUGAUGACACUCUCUUUUUACACCAAGGAUGAUUGAGAUUCUGUUUUCUAACCAUGAACACCAGAGUUUGCACCAUACCAUGCAAACCUUAAUUGUAAAACAUUAAACAGAUUGUUGUAUUUAUCUUUGUUGUAUGAAGUACAGUAUAGUUUGACAAUUCACAAUCGAUACCGACCCAUAAGUUAACAUCAACAACACUAGUCUCGAUUAGGUUGUUAUAUUAGAAAUAUAGAUAUAAUUAUUUUGGCAACUUAGACUUAACUUGCAUUCAUGCGUUAGAAUGGUGGGUAUCUGUUGUCACUUUUUCCUCUGCAAAUAAAAAGGUCUGCGG